CUAGUCAAGACAAAAGAAAAAACCAGUAGGAGGAGGAUUUUGAUUUUGGGGAACGAAAAUGGGUGUUUUGGUGAAGGCCAUUGAUGCGAUACUGUUCUUGUUCUUUGUCAUCAUCGCGGUGGCGGCGCCGUUGAUCGACGCGCAGACGUGUCUUCCGGCGAGUCUUAUCCCAGAUCUCUUGGUGGAGUUGACCAGUUGGUAUAGCCGUGAGUUCGGCGAUUAUCUGGUUGCCGAGAGGCCUCAUUUUUUUGCGGGUCUUCUAUGGUUGGAGUUCCUUUUCCAAUGGCCACUUGCUCUCAUCAAUUUGUACGGUAUUUUGGGUGCCAAAUCUUGGUUCAACACCACUUGUUUGAUGUAUGGCGUUUCAGCCUCUACCGCCUUGGCUGCUAUACUAUCAGAAAUGAUAGGGUCCGGAAAAGCAUCUGAUAAGCUAAUAAUGUUGCACUUACCUUUCCUGGGGUUUGGUGUCUUAGCCACGGUUCGUGGUCUACUACCACAAUCUGGAAAGACUUCUUCAACUGUUGGCAAGGGGCCUGUGAUGGCUAGGAAAAAGAGGGCUUGAAAAAGACAGUGUAUCUUGCUAACUGGUGUACUGAAAUUUUUGUGGUCCUUUACUUUCUAUGGUGCAUACUUUUGUUGCCCGAUUGAGUAUUGAUGUAGUCUGAUCUUAGCUUGUUGAUCAAGGUGAUGAAAUUGGAACAAAUUCUUAUGGCUAAAUUGGUGGUUUCUUGAUUGGAUUAGUCACGAGCUGUAUACAUAGAAGAAGUAGAUGUAUGAUUGGAGAUGGGAUUUUCUAAACUAGAUUUUAUAUUCUGGUUCACUAAAUUGAAUUUCCUUUAUUUGAAUUUUUGUGCUUGAGUCGGCUGUGUGUGUAGUUGUAAUUCUACCCAUAAGGUUAGAAGGAAAUAAAAAAUGUUAUAUGCGUAAGCAUCUGUAUUUUCAAUCAUGGUAUUUUUAAAUAGAAAUAAGAAAUUUAUAUUUGUAUGCAUCCAA